AUGGCUGAUGAGUUCUUGCAAAACAUGAAACAGUCUUUCUCUUUAGCAGACAUUGACACCAGCUUUGAAUUCUUGAAUCAAUUUCCCGGCCCGUAUCCGUUUUUCAAUAGCCCGGUCGACGAGGCCGCUUUUCCUCAGUUAUUAAUACCUCAAGGCCCUGCAGGGAACCUGGAAAAUUUCCCUGGAUUAUUUACCAUCCCUGAUGAAAUUACUGCAGUAACUUCUUUUACUGGGCCUGUGGAUUCAAACGACGUCGAUAGUAAGGACCUCACGAGGAAGAAAAUGGAGAUCGACACACCACAAAGCAGUUCUGCAAAUAACUCUGCAUAUACAUCUCCUCAGGGCUCUCAUAAUGGGACCAAAAAGACAAAUCGUGUCGGAAAAGGAAAGAAAGCGAAAGUCGUAAAAAAUGAAGACGAGAAGCCGAGGGAAGUGGUUCAUGUAAGAGCGAAAAGAGGCCAAGCAACCGACAGUCAUAGCUUAGCAGAAAGAGUGAGACGAAGAAAAAUUAACGAUCGGUUGCAAUGUUUGCAAGACAUUGUCCCGGGAUGCUACAAGACAAUGGGAAUGGCAGUAAUGCUGGAUGAGAUUAUUAACUAUGUUCAGUCCUUGCAAAGUCAAGUAGAGUUUCUUUCGAUGAGGCUUACGGCAGCUAACACGUUUUACGAUUUCGCUUCAGACACAGAUUCCAUGGCAGCAAUAAAGAGUUCAACUCCAAAGGCAUAUGAAGCAGUGAAUGUGCAGAAUGCUGCAACUCAAGGACUUGCUUAUGCUGAAUUUGCACAACCGGGCCUCAAUUUUGGCUAUAUUCCUCAGUUUCCCCACGACAUGUGA